AUGGGACGGUUUUGGAGUCUCCAUCGGUGGACGCUAUGGCUCUUGUUUGCUUCCUACGCCUGCGCGUUCUACAUACCUGGAUAUUCUGUCAAGCGGUACAAUGACGACGAGCCGAUUCCUCUCCUCGUCAACAAAAUCUUCUCCGACCAUACGCAACUGCAAUACGCUUACUAUGAUCUGCCCUUUGUCUGCCCCCCUAGUGGGCGUUCGCACGGCGGCUCGCCCUUCGGCUCGGGCCAAAGUGUGUCGCUGAACCUGGGCGAGAUCCUCCGCGGCGACCGCAUCAUGACGUCGGACUUUGAACUCCAUAUGGGCAAGAACGUGGAAUGUCAGGCGCUGUGCACCCAGGAGGUCGGGCGCAAGGACGUCAAAUGGGGCCGCCAGCUCAUCAAAGAAGGAUAUGUGGCGGAAUGGAUCGCGGACAACUUGCCUGGCGCGACGAGUUUUGUCACCGUCGACCGCAGUCGCAAGUACUACGCGACGGGAUUCAAGCUCGGGUUCCAGGAGUUUUCCCCGAUCGAUGGCAAGCGCCGCUUCUACAUCAAUAAUCACUUCACUAUUGUGAUCCGCUGGCGGUCUGCUCCCGAGGGAGGCAAAGUUAUUGUUGGGUUUGAGAUCUAUCCGAAGAGUAUUCGCGCGGAGGAUCAUGAAGAAGGCGGCUGUCCGAAACACGUCCACGAGCACCAUGACGGGCUCGAGUUGUACAUUCCCCCGAACACGGCCCGGCUGCGGGAGAUGUACCCUGGGUCGUCGUAUAUUCCGGAAGAUGACGACGAGAUCGAUGACGGUGCGACAUUGAAGAUCCCCUACACGUACUCGGUGUACUUCAAGGAGGAAAACGGCAUUGACUGGGCGAAUCGCUGGGAUCUGUAUUUCAGCAACCAGGCCGAAGGGUCUGUGACGCAUUGGCUGGCCAUUGUUAAUUCGCUGACCAUCUCUGGCGUGCUUGGUGUGGCGGUGUAUGUCAUCUGGAACCGCACCGUGCAGGGUGACAUUAAGGGCCGCGGCGACGGAGCCCUGGACGAGGCCAAGCUGAAGGCGCGCAGCGCAGCCAAGCUGAAGGAUCUCGAACGCAAAGGCGACGGGCUACUGGACCAAGGCAAUGACGUGGAACGGGAUGCCGAUCUGUCGUCGGAGGAUGAGAACCUCGAAGACGUCAGCGGCUGGAAACUUCUCCACGGGGACGUGUUCCGCGUGCCCGAGUACAGCGGACUCCUGGCACCGCUCGUCGGAUCUGGCAUGCAGCUGCUGUUCAUGGUCUCUGGGCUUUUGUUCUUGAGCUGCCUGGGCGUGUUGAAUCCCAGUUUCCGUGGGGGAUUUGUCAGCGUCGGCAUGGGUCUGUUCGUUUUUGCUGGACUGUUUUCUGGAUACUUUUCGGGACGCUUGUACAAGACCUUUGGCGGUGCCAACUGGCGGAAGAAUACGUUGAUUACCGCUCUGUUCUUCCCUGGAUUGGCAUUCUGCCUCAUCUUCAUUUUAAACCUGUUUGUCUGGGCUCAGGCAUCCAGCACGGCGAUUCCUUUCGGCACGUUGGUCAGUCUGGUUGCGCUGUGGCUGUUGAUCCAGGUUCCGCUGGUGUAUGUGGGCAGCUGGUUCGGGUACGUGCGGGCGACACCGUGGGAGCACCCGACCAAGACGACAUCGAUCGCGCGUCAAAUCCCGCCGCAACCAUGGUAUCUGCACAGCAUCCACGGCACGGUGAUUACUGGCCUGGCGCCGUUCGCGGUGCUGUUUAUUGAGCUGCUGUUUGUGUUUAAGAACUUGUGGCAGGACAAGAGCGGAUACUACUACGUGUUUGGGUUUUUGAGCGCAGUGACGACGAUUCUGAUGGUGACGGUGAGCGAGGUGACGGUGAUUGCGACAUAUAGCCAGUUGUGUGCGGAGAACUACCACUGGUGGUGGCAGAGUUUCCUGACGGGCGGCAGCAGCGCGUUCUGGGUGUUUGCGUACUGCAUCUGGUACUACUUUUUCCACCUGCACAUUACUGGGUUUGUGUCGAGUCUGCUCUUCUUCAGCUACAGCUUCCUGGCGUGUGCGGUGUACGGACUUUUGACGGGCACCGUCGGGUUUUUGACGGCGUAUGCGUUCAUCCGCCGGAUCUACAGGUGA